AUGACAUACUAUCAAAACGCAUUCUAUGGCGACGAUGAUUCAUAUUCUGCCUAUUACAACAACAAUAAUAUAGAGAAUUAUGAUGAUGGCACCUGGACCUGCUGCAAUGAUCGGCAGACACUGUUCAUUCUGUUCUAUUUUGCAUUUUGUGCUUUGGCGAUUUUGUUCCAUGACACCAUUCUUGCGAAGCCAGUGCGAUUAAUUGCUACAUUUAUUCAUGAGAUGAGUCAUGCUACAGUAUGCUGGUUAACCUGUGGGGAAGUACGGGGGAUUCAAGUCUACGAAAAUGACGGUGGUGUGACGACCUUUGUCGGAGGAAUGAGAUGUCUAAUCAUCCCAGCUGGAUACGUGGGCCUGGCCUUUUCGGCCAUGACGUUUGUCAUUAUGAGUGCGGGGAGAUACAUGGCAACAGUAGCCAUUGCGGGGUUCACCAUAUCAUUGCUUGUCGCACUUUUCUUUUCACCAAAUCGAUUGUUGGUAUGCAUAAGUCUGGGGUAUGCCAUGGUCAAUAUCAUUGUCACGCUGAUCGAAUAUACAGCAUUUACGCCAAUACUUCAAUUCUUGGUGUUAUACUAUGGUGUUACAGUUGGGAUGUAUGCCAUUAUUGAUAUUCACGAUGACACUGUAUUUGCCGCCAUUGAAGGAAGCGAUGCCCACGCCUGUACGACACAAGUCUGGCCAUGCUGUCAUCCACAAACGAUUGGACUUCAAUGGUCAUUCAUGGCAAUUUUAUUCCAGCUGAUAGGAAUUUGGGUUUCACUGCUGCAAAUGAGUCAUGAGUGCACCGAUUUGGGUUUCAUGCAAUGUCUCUCGGUCGGAUUUGGCGCAUCCAUGGAGGAUAGCGACAUUGACUUUGAAGGUCUGUGGGUACAAUUCUCCAACAUCACCGGCAGAAAUCAGUAG